AUGAUGGCCCACCGCGAGCAGCCACAGACGCAGCAGCAUCAAACUCAGUCUUUCCUUCCUGACAAUAGCCUGCCCCAAGAUUUGUUGCUGCUGCAGCAGCUAGCAAUGCAGCAGGCGCAAGGGAAGCUGAGUAGCUUUAGCAGCGCAAGGCAGCAGCAGCACCAACAACAACAGAUGCUGCAGCAACACCAGCAACUGCUAAUGCUGCUGGAGGCUGAAGCCGCGGGAAAGGCUGCUUUAGCCGCACAAGACCGACAAAAAGCUCAAGUGGCCCGCCGUCAACAGCAGCAACAGCAAUAUCAAGAGCAACCGCAACAACAUCUAAAGCGUCAGUUACAAGAUCCGCAGCGCCGCUGCAUUGCUUCUGAGCUGGACAUCCAGCACGGGCAGCAGCAAGAGCAGCCUGAUGUCCUGCCAUCAUACCACUCUAAAAUGGCCCCAGGAACCCUGCAGCCGCAGCAGAAAAAGCAGGAGGAGCCAACUCUACAGCAAGAGGCCGGAUCUGCUGCACGUUCCCCGGGCGCCCUUCAUUUCCGUUCACCAGCGUCAAAGGUGCCAGCAUUCUCUCUUCGAGCCCUAGCAACAACACAGCAGCAAGUGCAGCAGGACUCUGAGGAGCAACUAUUGGAGAACUUACAAUCCUCUGACAACUGGAAUGAAUUGCCUCCAAUGAUGCAGCUCCCAGCUAACGCUGCAGAAGGCACAGAGCAACAGCAACAGCAGCAGCAGCAGCAGCAGUCUGAACUAGAAGAUAUUGUAUCACGGCAGCAGUCAAUGCAGCAAAGGCUGCUCUUGCAGCAGCAGGCAUUGCCUUCAGGGUAUCAGCAAACCUUCCCAGACACGGCCUUGCAGCACGGAUGGCAGCGUCCAGCUGCAGGUAGUGCUGAUGAGGCGCAAGGAACUGCGACAACAGCAGCAGCUCCAGGAUACACCUACAGGGAGUUGAGCUCUUGGGGGCAAGCUGUGUCCCGAAGCACAGCCAGCACUGCCACUGGAGACGACUGCUAUUCGUUUGCAUCUCUUGCUGCUGCAGCUGCAGUACGCAAAGCAGAGCAAGGCCUGAAAGUGCCCACUCCUGAAAGCCUGCAGAGACAGCAGAAGCCACUAACACAGCAACAGCAGCAGCAGCCCCAGGUUCUGCAGAAGCUGCCACAGCAGUCUUUAACCCGUCAAGGUCACGAGCUUUUGCAAGCAGUCGAGCUGCUUCGACAGCAGCAUCAGCAACAACAGGGUGAACAUGAAAGGAAAGAAGCAAAUUGGGCGCUUCAGGCUGAAAGGUGCAGCGCAGACGUGGCGCCUGCCGUUUCACCUUUCGGCAGCUAUAGCCUAAGAGAACUGCAGAACCGCAUGACGGCUCUGACACUGCAGCCGCAGCAGCAGCAGCAAGAAGACGAGCCACUGGAGCAAACGCGGCAGCGGCAACAGCAUCAUCUCGAACAGCACCGACAGAUAGAGGGCCUCUUGGCGCGACUCUCCCGGGAGCAGACGGAAGGCAUUGGUAAGCAACUGGGUGGAGACAGUCUAUCUUCCGUGGACACACAGCAGCAACAGCAACACCAACAGCAAAUUGAGCAGCAGCAGCUCUUUCCUAAACUACAGCUCCCCAGUGGAGUGACUGGAACAGCGCCUGCAAGCUACAGACUUGGAAAAAGCCCUUUGCAUCGCCCCGACGGUGAAGACACCCCCUGCGUUCAGCACAGUGCAAGUCACCCCACUUCUGCAGCAAUACGGGAGCAGCAGCAGCAGCACCGGUGGCACGACUUCUUGCAGUAA